AUGAAUGAGCGCACUAUCCGUAUCUCUGCUGCUGCCACCCAAGGAUUAACUGUUGAAGAGGAAUCCUACCGUUCAAACCUGAUGAUUCUGCCCAUAACCCUGUCCCGACAUGAAAAAGAACUGCUAAGCUAUGCCAUGCUUGACACUGGUGCCGAAGGAAAGAGAUUUAUUGAUAAGGAAUGGGCCCAAGACAAAGGUCUUGAGCUACUGCCACUGAAAAAACCAAUCCGCCUUGAGACUUUUGACGGUCAAGAAGCUGAGAGUGGACCAAUCACCCACUAUGCCCAAAUGCAUAUGAGAAUUAACGAUCACCAAGAGAGAAGGGCUUGCUUCCUGGUCACACAGCUAGCGCACUAUCCUGUUGUACUAGGACUUCCCUGGUUAAAGAUCCACGAUCCCCGAAUUGGCUUUGCUGAGCAUACUGUCCUGUUUGAUAGCAAGUACUGCCAGGAACACUGCAACAUGCCCAUGAGACCUGCAAAAAUACGAGCUUUACAUGAUAUUCCACAAAAGACCCGCCCAAAACACCUGCCUCCCCGACCUGAGCGCUUGAAACACCGAGAUAUUGCUGCUGUAUCCAUGUCUGCCUGCUGUGCCUAUGCCCGAAGGAGUUAUCGCCUGUUUACUGUCACCGUUGAUGAUAUUGAAGCUGCCCUGAACCCUGUGCCUGAUGAAGAAGACCCAAUGGCGAAACUACCACCUGAGUUCCAAGACUUUGCAGAUGUAUUCUCACCCAGGGAGGCUGAGCGCCUGCCACCCCACCGCCCAUAUGAUCAUGAUAUUAAGCUACAAGAUGGGAAAGUGCCCCCAUUUGGGCCCUUGUACCCAAUGUCCCGAGAAGAGCUGAAGGCCCUGAAGGAAUGGAUUGAGGAAAACCUGAAGAAAGGGUUUAUUCGCCCCAGCUCAUCACCUGCUGCAUCACCUGUCCUGUUUGUGAAGAAGCCUGGAGGAGGCCUCCGGUUCUGUGUUGACUAUCGCGCCCUGAAUGCCAUCACUGUGAAAGAUCGCUACCCACUACCACUGACCAAGGAGACCCUGAACAACCUGAAAGGGAUGAAAUAUUUCACCAAGAUUGAUAUCAUUUCUGCCUUCAAUAACCUGAGAAUCAAGAAAGGACUUGAAUACCUGACUGCUUUCCGUACACGACUAGGGUUAUUUGAAUCCCUUGUGAUGCCCUUUGGUCUGACUGGUGCACCUGCUUCAUUCCAGCGAUUCAUGAAUGACACCCUGCGAGACUACUUGGAUACCUUCUGCACUGCCUAUCUGGAUGACAUCCUGAUCUAUAGUAAGACCCGUGAGGAGCAUACCCGCCAUGUCUGCUUGGUUCUUGAGAAACUGCGAGAUGCAGGCCUCUUUGCCAAACUGUCCAAGUGUGAAUUUGCUGUGCCUGAGACCAAGUUCCUGGGUAUCAUUGUUGGCCGAGAUGGCCUACGCAUGGAUCCUGACAAAGUGAAGACUAUUGUUGACUGGGAAACCCCAACUUGUGUGACUGAUGUCCAAGCAUUUAUUGGCUUUGCAAACUUCUACCGGAGGUUCAUCAAGGAUUUCUCCAAGAUCAUUACACCCCUAGUGAACCUGACAAAGAAAGGCAUCCAGUUUAAAUGGAACACUACCUGUGAGCUAAGCUUUAAUAUGCUGAAAAAGGCCUUCACCACUGCACCUGUCCUUAGACCAUUUGACUGGAAUAAGGAAGUUAUUCUGGAAACUGAUGCUUCUGACUAUGUUUCUGCUGGAGUCCUGUCUCAGUAUGACGAUGAUGGUGUCUUACACCCUGUGGCUUUCUUCUCCAAGAAACACUCAGUGACUGAAUGCAAUUAUGAGAUCUAUGAUAAGGAGUUAUUGGCUAUUAUCCGCUGCUUCGAAGAAUGGCGCCCUGAGCUGGAAGGAACCCCAUCUCCUGUCAAAGUUAUCACUGAUCACCGGAAUCUGGAAUACUUCAUGACAACCAAGCUCUUGAAUCGUCGACAGGCCCGCUGGUCUGAGUUCCUGUCCCGUUUUAACUUCAAGAUCAUUUACCGCCCAGGCAAACAAGGAGUGAAACCUGAUGCCCUGACCAGGAGGUCAGAGGAUCUCCCUAAGGAGGGGGAUGAGCGCCUGCUACACCAAAGCCAGACUGUUCUGAAGAAAGAGAACCUUGAGCUUGCACCUGACAGUUCAUCUGUUACCCUGAACGUUACAACUAGAGCCCAAGCUCAUUCUGCUGAGAACCCUAUUGUGAACCCACCCAGAACACCUGCUCAAACAAGGAGAGUUAGAUUUGCUGAUGAGACCAAUCACAACGUGCCAGAACCACCACAAGAUAUCAAGAAUCUGCUGGACAGUGCAUACCCACUUGAUGAGACAGUACAGUCAAUCCUGGAAGCCCUGGACAAGAAUGCCACACGACACCCUAAGAUCACCUUGGCUGACUGCCAGAGAAGAGGCAACUAUCUCUUCUACCGGAAUCGACUUUAUGUUCCAGAUCAUGGAGAGUUAAAAGCCGAGCUAUUGAGACAAUGUCAUGAUAAGCCAGCUGCAGGACACCCUGGCCGAUCCAAAACCUAUGAGCUCAUGUCCCGAGAAUACUACUGGCCUGGAAUGUAUCAAUAUGUUGAGCAAUGGACCCAGAACUGCCACACAUGCCGCCGCAUAACACCAUCCAGAGAAGCCCGUCAAGGCCUCCUGCGCCCUCUGCCUGUUCCUGAAAGAUCCUGGCAAGACAUUAGCAUGGACUUCAUCACACAUCUCCCGCCAAGCCAUGGGUAUGAUGCAAUCCUGGUUGUAGUAGACCGACUGACAAAAAUGAAACACUUCAUUCCAUGCAAGGGAACCUGCAAUGCAGAAGAAGUUGCCCACCUGUACACUUGCAAUGUUUGGAAACUCCAUGGCCUGCCACGAACUAUUGUAUCAGACCGAGGUCCGCAAUUCAUUGCCCAAUUCUGGAAACAUCUGAUGCGCCGCCUGCAAAUCACAAACUUGCUCUCAACUGCAUAUCACCCUGAGACUGAUGGCCAGACUGAGAGGACUAAUGCUGUUCUGGAACAAUACCUCCGCGCCUAUGUAUCCUACCUGCAAGAUGACUGGUCUGAAUGGCUACCACUAGCAGAGUUUGCUGCUAAUUCUACCCGCUCUGAGACUACCUGUGUUUCCCCAUUCUUUGCAAACUAUGGAUUUCAUCCACGAAUGGGAUUUGAACCUGUCCAGCCUACCAACCAGCCCACCAGAGAUGCUGAGGAAUUCGCCUGCCGGAUGAAGUUAAUCACUGAGUUUGUUCGUACAGAAAUUAUAUCUGCCCAGGCUCGCCAGGAGGAACAAGCCAACCGGAAGAGACAACCUGCCCGUUGUUACCAAGUUGGUCAGUAUGUAUGGCUAGAUUCUCGCAAUAUCCGGACCCUUCGCCCGCAGAAGAAGCUAGACUGGAAGAACUUAGGGCCAUUCUGCAUUACUGAGAUCGUCAGUCCGCACGCUUAUAAGCUUGACCUGCCUGCCAGCAUGAGGAUACACCCAGUAUUCAACGUCAGCCUACUUCGCCCUGCUGCCAGAAACCCUGCCCCGGGCCAAAGACAAGAGCCCCCACCACCUGUUGAAGUUGAUGGACUCGAAGAAUGGCAAGUUGAAGACAUCUUGGAUUCCCGUUGGGAAAGAAGAGGCCGUGGAGGACCUCGCUUGAAGUAUACUGUCAAAUGGACUGGUUAUGAUGAGCUGACUGAAGAACCUGCCUCAUACCUGGAGCAUGCUCAAGAGAUCGUAACAAAUUACCAUCGCCGUUAUCCCUACAAGCCUGGGCCUGGCCUCGACGGAGCUCGGCCUUGA